AUGACGGACGACAGCCUGCUAGUCUCUCCGCGCUUGCUGCGUAGAGCGGCGUUGCCGAAGCGAGCUAUUGGACCGGUCCUUGUUCUCGCCCGCAGACUGUCUUUGCCACUUGCGCUGCUAUCCGCUGCGCACACCCACUCCUCCUCUUCCCAACCUCGGACAGGCGAAAGUAAGUGUUGAUGGCGUACGCGAGGCGCACCUGAGCUGUCCUGCGCCGCAUCAAUCUGACUCCCUCGGUUGCCGCCUUCAACGCAGCUCUGGCCAGCCUGUUGCAACGGGCAACGGGCAAUGUGCAAUUACGCCGCAUCGGCUCUGCUUCCGCCGGUAUCACGCCCAGCUUUCCAAUUGUUGCCGUCUUCAGAUUGUGGCAGACAACCUGA